AGUACUCAUUGAAAUACUGAUGGUUAUGGUGAAGAUGGUGAUGGUGGACACAGUGAAUGAUAGUUAUGGUGAAGAUGGUGAUGGUAGACGCAAUAGUAGAAAUAAUAAGGAUAGAUGCAGUGAAGGAUGA